AUGUCAAUAAGUGACGAUGAAAUCUCUUUAUAUAUGAAAGAUUUGUCUCAAGAUACAAAUGUAUCAAAUAGUUUUGAAGAUUUCGAACUUGAUGGUGAAAAGAUUCAUCAACCAAAUUCUUCUGAAGACACAGGCGAAGGUCUUCUGUCGGAUGUACUAGCUGAUGUCAGUAUGGAUUUCACAGCAAUAGUUAACGAAUAUUUAAAAACAAAUAACAAUCAUUGCUUCUCUAACAUAUCUCAAAAUCUAGUUCCUUUAACGGAUCCUAUUGAUGAUAUAUCAGACAUACCCAUAAUUCAUAGUGAUUUCACAGGCAAUCAAUUGGAUGGAAAUUUAAAUUAUAAUUUAUUUGAAGAAAUAAUUAUAACUCAUGAUGAGGUGAACGAAAUACAGGAACAAACAAACUAUGAGAUUAAUGGAACAAUGACUGUUAAAGAACAACCGAAAUCUGAUCAACGAGGACGGUAUGCAAGCGAUGGUCCACGAUUUUUACCAGAUUCGAAAAAACAUCCGACGUCUAUUCAAUUGCCAGAUUUGUCGUCUGUACUAUUAGCAGAUAAUGAAAUAUUUGGAAUUAUUCUUACUAUGGUUACAUCAACAAAUAACCUAAAAAAUAAAACCUUUGUACAUGUUAAUGGUAUUAAAUAUCGUACGGGUGAUGCCAUCGAACUUGAUAAUGGAAGUAUAUUUCUUCCAUUAACAAAAUCAGAUAUACAAACGGGCGAAAAAAUAUUUCCACGUUUAUCGAUCAUUUGUAAGAAAUUUGAUGAAUAUACAUUUCAUUUAACAUCAUUUGAUACGACAACUUGCGAACGCAUAAUGGAAAAAUACACAACUAUAAAUGACGAUAAGAUCACUAACGCAGCAAAAGGAAAACAAUUUACAACAGAUUAUGAUUUGCAUUCUUAUAAAUUUGUUUUUCAAUUAGCAUUAAAACAAGACGAUAUAUUUAAAAUCUUCUUAAAUGUUAAAUGUGAAACAAAUAUUAUUAAUGAGCAAAAAACAUCACCAAAAGAAAUCAAACAAAAAGCUUCAACAAGUGAUAAUAUAUCCAAAAAAAGAAAAAACAACAAGAAUAUGCCGAUGUUGAAUUCAUCUAAACAAUUUAAAUCAUCAACUAUUGAGUAUCCGAAGCAAAAGAAAGGUGUAUAA